AUGCCAGAGGGCUCUGUCACUGGCGUGGCUGAUGGUCCUGUUGAAACCUUAGUUGUUGAUGAUUGGAAGUGUGAGGACUAUCAGAAACCGUCGCUGGUCUCUGUGGAAAUUAGAAUCCGUGAAGAUGCAGAGGGGUUAUACAGGAAUGAAAAGAAAACUUUUAAAUGCAUAGAGCGUGGAAAGAGCUUCAGUGAAAGGGGAACCCUUAUUAAACAUCAAAGAGCCCACACAGGGGAGAAGUCAUACGUAUGCAUGGUGUGUGGGAAGAGCUUCAGACGGAAAUGGCAUCUUGGAAGACAUCAAAAUACGCACACAGGUGAGAGACCGUAUGAAUGUAUGGAGUGUAGAAAGAGCUUCAGUCAGAAAGGAUACCUGAUACAGCAUCAAAGAAGCCACACAGGGGAGAAGCCGUACCAAUGCAUGGAAUGUGGGAAGAGCUUCAGCAAAAGCAAAAUACUUUCUAAACAUCAGAGAACUCACACAGGGGAGAAACCAUACAAAUGCACGGAGUGUGGAAAAAGCUUUAGUGACAAGGGGAACCUUCAGCAGCAUCAAAGGACUCACACAGGGGAGAAGCCCUAUCAAUGCAUCAUAUGUCGGAGGAGCUUCAGCCAGGGUGGAACGCUGACUAAGCAUCAAAGAACUCACACCGGAGAGAAACCUUAUAAGUGCAACAAGUGUGGGAAGACCUUCAGAGAAAGUGGAACACUGAGUAAACAUCAGAGAAUACACAACAGGAGGGAAGCUGCAGAAAUGCAUGGAGUGUGGAAGGAGCUUCCUUAUUAGCUAGAGGCUCACUUUCUGUGUAAGAACUCACGUGGUGGAAAGCCGACUGAAUGCAUGGAUUGCAAAGGAGGUCUCUUACCUUCCAGAGUGGUCUGUUCUGCUGUUGAACAACUCCUACCCUUAGUCAUCCUAUAUUUAUGUAUCUGGAGUAUCCUGUACAUGGAUAUAGGGUGAUUGAUGGUACGCCAUUCAACAGCAGAAUCUCUGAAGCUAUGGGCUAUGCCGCGCAGGGACACCCAAGACGGACAGGUCAUAGUGGAGAGUUCUGACAAAACACGA